AUCAUCGUCAAAAUCAACCACUGCGACACCAUCCUCAAAUCCGCACCCGCACCCGCGGCCAGUCCAAACCGUCCAAACCGCCCAUAUCCUGCGCUAAUUUUCCUGCCUGGCCCGCCUAUCCAACCGCGCAUUGCGCCUCUUCGUUUUUCAAUUCUUCUUGUGCUUAUACUAUUUUACCAUUGCACCUGUUAUUCUCUCAAAAUGUCGAUUUGGGACGCCCUCACAGGACGCAAGUCUUCGUCAUCGUCACAACACCAACCUGCCGCUCCCGCGCAACCAACAACACAGCGCACCGACACAUUCAAUCCCAGCCCAUUCGACCCAUCCGAGGCUCAAGGAGUCGAUGCCUUCCUGAACAACUCUGCUUUCGCCGAUCCUUCUCAGCUCCACCCUCUAGCCGGCCUUAAUAAAGAGAACCUUGAGUACUUAAGUCUAGAAGACUCAGCCCUCACCGACUUGCCUGGAGCACAUACUGCUAUACCGUCACGUGGCUUUAGUGACGAUCUAUGUUAUGGAACCGGUAUCACAUAUCUCACUGCCCUAACGAUAGGUGGCGCCUGGGGUCUCCAGGAGGGGCUCCGAAAGUCUGCCGGUCAACCGCCCAAGCUGCGUCUAAACUCAGUCCUUAACUCUAUUACAAGGAGAGGUCCUUUCCUGGGCAAUUCAGCCGGUGUUGUUGCUAUAACAUAUAACUGUCUCAACUCCCUGAUAGGCUACGCCAGGGGCAAACAUGAUGCCGCCAAUACUAUCGUUGCAGGAGGGCUGAGUGGCAUGAUCUUCAGGAGUACACGGGGAGGCCGGCAGAUGCUGAUAUCGGGUGGUGUCGUUGCCACAAUUGCUGCCGCCUGGGCGGUAAGAUUACCAUUCUCCUAGCAUGACUAUAUCUGAAAGCUAACUUCUAGCAGGUAACGAAAAGGGUAAUCCUUG